CAACUGAAUGGUGGUGAUUAAGAUAAGUCAGAGAGCGAUUGGUGUGCCGUUGGAGGGGUAUUUUGGAAUGUACGUGAGUUGAUGGAAUGGAAGUUGGUAAACUUUUUCGGGACACGACACGUGUGCCAUAGUAUAUGAAUGUUAGCAUGAAAAACCGUUACGCCUGGAAAUGGAUUUUUUAAUUGCAAUGCUGACAAAAGAUCAAGAGAGCAAACGCGUCUGGUUACAUUCAUAUGUUAAGUUUAAUUAAAUUCAAUUUUUCUUUGUCACAUUUUUUUCGCAUCAUUUAUGUUAAAAUACUUCACGCAUACAAUAGGGUAGCAUCUCCUACGUAGCGCAGUUUAGAUCAAAUUCUUUACAUGUAUGUACUCACCGCACGUAGAGGAUCAUUUAUGGUAAACGGCGGGAGUCUAAAAUACUAAAUAAUUUUGCUUAAACAAAACAAACAAAAAUCUCCUGAAGGCAAUCCUUAGGCCAGGUGAGAUAUAAUGGAAAAGCUGCAAGGAGCAGUUGAGAAGCAUAUAUUUCUACUUUCCUUUUCCAAGUCAAUCUGCUAAAAGCCGUUCUCCUCGGGCGUGUCUUAUGGUUUUAGAUAGAUGGUUAACAAAUUGAGAACAUUUUUUGACAUAGCGAAACAAAUAUAUUUGGUUUUAGAUGCUAUUAAAUUAUAAUUUUCACACGAAAACUAGUAGGAAAUGAACACGAACGCAAGGGCUUCUUCGGUUCUCACAUGUUGUUAGGUUUUCUUUCCUUCUUCGGUUUGUCAGGCACUGAUCUCGCACGCAACUCUUGCACGGGUCAGUUGCUGUCUUGGUCAGCUAGAACAGACACGCGUGCACAGUCACGGCUAAUAGUGAAUAUACACUUGUAGAAGAUGCAUGCACGGUAUCAGCAGCAGCAGCAGUGGCAGAUAAGGGGAAACCAGAAAAUAAACUGGAACAUACAUUAAGAGUAGAAUUAGAGCGAUUUAGCCCUCUGUAGUAUGUAGCUCAAGAUUCCCCAAACACAAAACAAAAUGAAACAAACAAAAAAAAAACAAAAAAAGUCAUGUGUGCGCGCGAAUGGUA